GGAUUCUGCGCCCGGGAGAAGGGCUGGGGGGACGCUGCCUGCUGGUGCAAAAAUAACCCCCGAAGACGCGAGCCCGGUACUCGGCAGGAGCUCUGCAGCCUGUGGAUGCCCGCUGGGCGGCUGGCUGUCCCCCGGGAGCCCCGCGGGGCUGGGUCCGCUCCCCCGCCUCCCGCCGGGCGGCGGGAGCAAGCCGACGCCGACUUUGGGAGUUCCUUUCUGCCUUGUAUGGAGGGCUGCUCCGGGCCCGUCUCCGCCCGACUGCUCUGACGCCCAGCCCUCCUGCUGCCCACCCCCAGCCACCUCCCUCUGACUUGCCCGGAGAAGCCAGACGGAGCCUCUCGCUGCCACAAGUCUCUCCGCCUGCCAUUCCCCCAUUCCUGCAUCCACCCCCACCCCCUCCCCAGCGCCGUCACCCCUCCUCCGCCCCCGCCUCCGCCUCCGCCUUCUCCCCAGCAAUCAGGAGAAUAAAUCAGGCAGGAAACCGAGAGCGAGAGAGAUAGCGAGAGCGCGCGAGCGCCGGCGGACUCGCCCAGGUCUGUUUCCAAAGUCGCCCUUGAUGGCGGCGGAGGCGCGGCAGCCGCGGCGCGGAGCAGCAGACGCGCGCUAGUGGGUCCGCCCGCCGCCGCCCCUUCCCCCGCGCGGGGUUCGCCCCUGCCGCCCCCCGCGCCCGUCCGCGCUCCGGCCCCGGGCGCGCCAGCCCUCCGGACGCCCGCGGUCCGGGCGGACUGUGCUCCUGGUCCUCCGCCCGCGGUUUCCAGCACCGCUCCUUCCCCCGGCCGGGGAGGGAGGCGGGAUUGAUCUUCGAUCGCGAAGAUGGCUGCUGGCUGCCUGCUGGCCUUGACUCUGACACUUUUCCAAUCUUGGCUGAUCGGCCCUUCGUCGGAGGAGCCGUUCCCUUCGGCCGUCACUAUCAAGUCAUGGGUGGAUAAGAUGCAAGAAGACCUUGUCACACUGGCAAAAACAGCAAGUGGAGUCAAUCAGCUUGUUGAUAUUUAUGAGAAGUAUCAAGAUUUGUAUACUGUGGAACCAAAUAAUGCACGGCAGCUGGUGGAAAUUGCAGCCAGGGAUAUUGAGAAACUUCUCAGCAACAGAUCCAAAGCCCUGGUGCGCUUGGCUUUGGAAGCAGAGAAGGUUCAAGCAGCCCACCAGUGGAGAGAGGAUUUUGCGAGCAAUGAAGUUGUCUACUACAAUGCAAAGGAUGAUCUUGAUCCUGAAAAAAAUGAGAGUGAGCCAGGCAGCCAAAGGAUAAAACCUGUUUUUAUUGACGAUGCUAAUUUUGGACGACAGAUAUCCUAUCAACAUGCAGCGGUCCAUAUCCCCACUGACAUCUAUGAGGGCUCAACAAUCGUGCUAAAUGAACUCAACUGGACAAGUGCCUUAGAUGAAGUUUUCAAAAAAAAUCGAGAAGAAGAUCCUUCGUUGUUGUGGCAGGUGUUUGGCAGUGCCACGGGCCUGGCCCGAUAUUAUCCAGCUUCUCCAUGGGUUGAUAACAGUAGAACUCCAAACAAGAUUGAUCUUUAUGAUGUACGCAGAAGACCAUGGUACAUCCAAGGAGCUGCAUCACCUAAAGACAUGCUUAUUCUGGUUGAUGUGAGUGGAAGUGUUAGUGGGUUGACACUUAAAUUGAUCCGCACAUCUGUCUCCGAAAUGUUGGAAACCCUCUCAGAUGACGAUUUCGUGAAUGUAGCUUCAUUUAACAGCAAUGCCCAGGAUGUGAGCUGUUUUCAGCACCUUGUCCAAGCCAACGUAAGAAAUAAGAAAGUGCUGAAAGAUGCAGUGAAUAACAUCACAGCAAAAGGAAUCACAGACUAUAAGAAAGGCUUUAGUUUUGCUUUCGAACAGCUGCUUAAUUAUAAUGUUUCUAGAGCCAAUUGCAAUAAGAUUAUCAUGUUGUUCACGGAUGGAGGAGAAGAGAGAGCCCAGGAGAUAUUUGCCAAAUACAACAAAGAUAAAAAAGUACGUGUAUUCACAUUUUCAGUUGGCCAACAUAAUUAUGACAGAGGACCUAUUCAGUGGAUGGCCUGUGAAAAUAAAGGUUAUUACUAUGAAAUUCCUUCCAUUGGAGCGAUAAGAAUCAAUACUCAGGAAUACUUGGAUGUUCUGGGAAGACCAAUGGUUUUAGCAGGGGACAAAGCAAAGCAAGUCCAGUGGACAAAUGUGUAUCUAGAUGCACUGGAACUAGGACUUGUCAUUACUGGAACUCUUCCGGUCUUCAACAUAACUGGCCAAGUUGAAAAUAAGACAAACUUAAAGAACCAGCUAAUUCUUGGUGUGAUGGGGGUUGAUGUAUCUUUGGAAGAUAUUAAGCGACUAACACCACGUUUUACACUCUGCCCCAAUGGCUAUUAUUUUGCAAUUGAUCCUAAUGGUUAUGUUUUAUUACAUCCAAAUCUUCAGCCAAAGCCUAUUGGUGUAGGUAUACCAACAAUUAAUUUAAGAAAAAGGAGACCCAAUGUUCAGAACCCCAAAUCUCAGGAGCCAGUAACUUUGGAUUUCCUUGAUGCAGAAUUAGAGAAUGACAUUAAGGUGGAGAUUCGAAAUAAAAUGAUCGAUGGAGAAAGUGGAGAAAAAACAUUCAGAACUCUGGUUAAAUCUCAAGAUGAGAGAUACAUUGACAAAGGGAACAGGACAUAUACAUGGACUCCUGUGAAUGGCACAGAUUACAGUUUGGCCUUGGUAUUACCAACCUACAGUUUUUACUAUAUAAAAGCCAAAAUAGAAGAGACAAUAACUCAGGCCAGAUCAAAAAAGGGCAAAAUGAAGGAUUCAGAAACACUGAAGCCGGAUAAUUUUGAAGAAUCUGGCUACACAUUCAUAGCACCAAGAGAUUACUGCAAUGAACUUAAGAUAUCAGAUAAUAACACCGAAUUUCUUUUAAAUUUCAAUGAGUUUAUUGACAGAAAAACGCCAAACAACCCAUCCUGUAAUACGGAUUUGAUUAAUAGAGUCUUGCUGGAUGCAGGCUUUACAAAUGAACUUGUCCAAAAUUACUGGAGUAAGCAGAAAAACAUCAAGGGAGUGAAAGCACGGUUCGUUGUGACUGAUGGUGGGAUUACCAGAGUUUAUCCCAAGGAGGCUGGAGAAAACUGGCAAGAAAAUCCAGAAACAUACGAGGAUAGCUUCUAUAAAAGGAGUCUCGAUAAUGACAACUAUGUUUUUACUGCUCCCUACUUUAACAAAAGCGGACCUGGUGCUUAUGAAUCAGGCAUUAUGGUAAGCAAAGCUGUGGAAAUCUAUAUCCAAGGAAAGCUUCUUAAACCUGCAGUUGUUGGGAUUAAAAUUGAUGUAAAUUCUUGGAUAGAGAAUUUCACCAAAACAUCAAUCAGGGAUCCGUGUGCUGGUCCAGUUUGUGACUGCAAAAGAAACAGUGAUGUAAUGGAUUGUGUGAUUCUAGAUGAUGGUGGGUUUCUUCUGAUGGCAAAUCAUGAUGAUUAUACUAACCAGAUUGGAAGAUUUUUUGGAGAGAUUGACCCAAGUCUGAUGCGACACCUGGUUAAUAUAUCGGUUUAUGCUUUCAACAAAUCUUACGAUUAUCAGUCAGUGUGUGAACCUGGUGCUGCACCGAAACAAGGAGCAGGGCAUCGCUCGGCAUACGUGCCAUCAAUAGCCGACAUAUUACACAUUGGCUGGUGGGCCACUGCAGCUGCCUGGUCUAUUCUACAGCAGUUUCUCCUGAGUUUGACCUUUCCACGGCUUCUUGAGGCAGUUGAGAUGGAAGACGAUGACUUUACAGCCUCUCUGUCAAAGCAGAGCUGCAUUACUGAACAGACCCAGUAUUUCUUCGAUAAUGACAGUAAAUCAUUCAGUGGUGUGUUAGACUGUGGAAACUGUUCCAGAAUCUUUCACGUAGAAAAACUUAUGAACACCAACUUAAUAUUCAUUAUGGUUGAGAGCAAAGGGACUUGUCCCUGUGACACACGACUGCUCAUACAAGCAGAGCAGACUUCUGAUGGUCCAGAUCCUUGUGAUAUGGUGAAGCAACCCAGAUACCGAAAAGGACCCGAUGUCUGCUUUGAUAACAAUGUCUUGGAGGAUUAUACUGACUGUGGUGGUGUUUCUGGAUUGAAUCCCUCCCUGUGGUCCAUCAUUGGCGUCCAGUUUGUACUACUUUGGCUUUUAUCUGGCAGCAGACACUGCCAGUUGUGACCUUCUAAAACUAAAUCUGCAUAAUUAAACUCCAGACCCUGCCAAAACAUGAGCCCUUGGUUGCAUUAAAAUAGGGUCAACUGUGGAAUCAGCAGAACACUAGCUGGGCCCAUACCAUGGCAUAAAUGUAAGGCGCAGACUCAUAUGACACCCACUGGCUGCAUGUCAGGGUAUCAGAUCCUUGAACUUGUGUGAAUGCUGCAUCAUCUAUGUAUAACAUCAAAGCAAAAUUCUAUACAUGCUCUAUUGGAUGAUUUGAGAGUUUGUCGUUGCAUUGUUGGUGAUUACAUGUAAAAGGGCUCCCCAUACUGUUUAUGAAUCAUACAAAUUGUCUUGACCUUGACAUGGAAUUUUGACCUGCUGCAAUUCUCGUUCUUUUACCAAGAAAAUCUCUAGAGGAAAAAAUGGAGUUAUUUUUGCCUUCACGUAUUCUUCUGUUAAAAAUUAUUUCCUGCUUUGAGUAACGGUUAUUGAAAAAAAAAAAACAAAACAAAACAGAGAGAUUGGUGUAAUCUGUUGAAAUAGAAAUAAUGGCUAAUUUUCUACAAAAAAAAAUUUGCCAUAAAUAAAAUGCCUUAUGAAGAAUGGCUUCUCUGCCAAAAAUAUAACACAAAUGAUGACCAGUUAAGUUUAGCUGAGAGAAUGAAUUGGUGUUUGAAAAUAAUAACUAAGACACUAUUAAACUAAAGGUGCUUGAAGGUGCAAUUUGAAUAUGUUACCUAUUUCCUCAUAAAUGUAAGCCCUUAAUAAAUGCUUCGAUGUAAUGUUUCCUUUGUUCACAGUAAAGUUAUGUAGUGCUAGCCAGAUAUUUCAAAAAGCUCUAAGAGAAACUUGUUGGGGGGAGGGGAAAACGUUUUUUCUCGUGAUAAAUGAACUUUGGUUACCAAGGGUAUUUUGCAUGAUGCUGCUGCUACUUUAACUUUCGGUUUUUGUUUCUCUCUUACUGUAGAGUAUAGUCCUUUGAAAAGUUAACUGAGUGACAUUAUUGUUAUGUAAGACUCUGAACCUUGCAGUGGAAUGCACUUAAGUCAUCUUUACAAAUGUCGUUCAAUUACUCUGAAUAUACUGUGCAAUGUCAAUGCCGAAUGAUUGGGUUAGGGAAAUGGUGAAAUGGGAAUUAAUGGAUUUUAUACAGACUCGUGCUUUUGCCUGAAAACCUAUGUACAGAUAUUUUAAGUACAUAAAUCAGAUUUGACACAUUUAUUUUUUGAAGAGUACAUAUAUGUUCUCAAUGAAGAUUCAUACUAGGUUUCCUCUUUGUUCGUUUGAAUAGUAGCACAUAAAAUCCAAACAUUUCUGCUGCUGCUGCUUUUGUCCCUCCAUUUUAAGCGGUAUGAUCACUUGACCAAAAUUUCCAUGCAGUUUGCUGAGGGUUUUAUAACAAUCUGAACAAAUAGGAAACCUUGAAUCUGUAUGUAUACACAUGAAUACUUGAUUGUGAAUAAUCAAAAUUGUUUUUAUACAGCCUCAUUGGUGAAAAUGAUUAGUAUAGUAAAUCAGAUAUUUCAUUAUAGAGUAAUAUGGUAGAUUAUUAUUUAUGCUUUUCAAAAUAAUUUUCAAGAGUCAACAGUGUUUGAAGAAAGGGUAAAAACAAUGAAUGUGUAAUUCUAGUUAAAGUGAGCAAUUCUGCCGAACGCUAGAAGUGUGCAGAUAUUUUUUAUGGCAAAAUGCAUUUGUUCUUAUUUUGAACAUGCCAAAUUCUGGUGUGUGUAUAUGCUGGAAAUUUUCUUAUAUGUCAUUUUUAAGUCAAAAUCUUAAUAACAUUAUCCAGCAUGCUUUAAUAUGCUCUGCAUAUCAAAGACAUAACCACGUCUUUAGCAUAGCUUAAAAGACAUUUGUUUUGUUUUUAGCUUUGCAUACAUUUGUCAUUCCCUCUCACCACCAGUAUACCCUAGGUACCAUUUGUGUAUAUUUCCUUAUUUAAACUAUUUUUUAUUUAUAAAUGGGGGGGGGGGGCGGGAAUGGAAUCACUUUGCCAGCUAUUGUUCUAGGAGUUGACAUCAGUUACCAUUUCUAUCUCAUUGUUGUGAUUUUGUAGUCUCAUUUGUAACUGGUAUUGACAUUUUAGAAAACACCAAAGUGAUUUAAAAAAAUACGGAACUUCUCACUCUAGUAACACUAUGUUUAAAUCAUGUUGUUUGUUAAUUAAAUAUUUAAAACUUCUUGUUAACUUUUGCUAGACUAUUUUAGGUCAUGAAAGUGUUGGGAAGGGGAUAUCAAAAUAUCAAAUUAUGUUAGUUCGUGUGUAUAUAUGAUGCACAUUAAAACAACUGAAUUGCUUCCAGCAUACAACAAACUACCUUAAAAUUAUCCUUCAAAUCUAUUAAAUAUGUUUUCAUGGCUAAUGUCACUGAAAUAGUAUGUUUUCAUCAACUGCAUUAUUGUUGCCUCCAUCACAGUUAACCUUGGCAUCUCUUGACAGGGUCCUAUUGAUUCCAUUUGCCAUCAAAAUAUAUUUACGUGCACGAGUCUUGCUAUGAUCCUUUUUUUUUUUCUGUUAUAAAACAAACCUAUAUUAUGAGACCCACAUACAUGGUGAUAAAUUGGGUAAGAACGUGCUUUCUGACUAAAAAUUGUUCUCAUGCCUAAUACUGGCCUUCGUACGUUUAGCAUUUUUUCAAAGACAGUAACACUCAUUCCAUCACACUGUUAUAUUUAAUUUAGGAUUUUUCUGUGAGUUCUAAUUGUCGACCAGAACUUAAAUAGCCUGUUAUAAAUACUGGUUUUCAAAGACUAAACAAUAUAAGAGAUCAAGAAAAAAAGCUUUUAGACUCUUAGGUUUAUUUAAUUUUGGCUCUACUCAUCCAGUUUCAUGUAGUUUGCCAUUAGAACAAAAUCAAAAUAAGUCUUACGUUGGUGUUGAGUAACAGGAAUGAUUUUUGCAUUAAUGGUUUCUUUAUAUUUUCUUCAUUUGAACAACCAGCAUUACUGCCAAACACCAGUCGUGGUCCAUAUUUGUAACAGGUUUUUAACAUGACAUAGUUAGCAAGUUUGACUGACGAGAUUUUUAGGUCCUGGGCCUAUAAGAUUUUAGUAUGAUCUUUUUUCAUGUUUCUAAUGCUUGAGGCGUUACUGCGUAACUUGGAAAAACAACAAAACAGUGUUGCUGCCAUUUGUAAGUUUUCCUAUAAUAUUCCUUUUAUUAACUUUAAAACUGGCCUUACUGGGUUCAAAUAGGCAGUAUCCCUUUUAAGUGACCUUUGCAACCCAAGUGUUACUUGCUUAUUUGAUGCUCUCUUCUAUUUUACAUCUCAUUUUAAUCUUUCUCUCCACCAAAGCUUAAAUUCUAUGUCUUAAUUUAAAACUCUAAACUAUUCCAUUGAUCGUUAGCUGACACUAAGAAAUCUAGAGGUAGACAGCUUGACCUUGUGAAACAAAACGGACAUUGUGACUUUUUUAAGUGUAGAAUAGAAUGAGUUCACGUGCCCACAGCUGAAAAUAUCUCAUCGUUAUCUAGAACUUGGUUGUUUUCCCAUUAGCCGAAUGUUAAUAUUGCUAAUAUUCCGUGUACCUUUCUGUAAACAGCGAAUCAAUACAACUUAAGUAUCGAGUGUUGAAUAAAUUCCAGAAUUUCAAAGACUCAGAUAACGCUUACCAAUAGUUUCAUCUACCUUACUUCUAGUUCACAUAAUUAACUCAAAGAAAUUCCACGGAGACUAAUGGGAUACUGUCUUGUAUAGAUGCUGGUUGAGUUUACCGCGUGGCCUGACAAAGCUGUCUUUUUUGUUGUGCUGUAUGAUUGUUGGAUCGUGUGUUUAGGAUACUUUUAUUGAAAUGCUCAGUGUGCAUCCAUGCGAAAGGCCAAUUGGCUCUGUGAACAAAAGAUCUUUUCUCCCCUUUAUUAUGUUCUCUUGACACUUUUGUGGAAAUUAACUAGCCUGAUAAAACACAUUUUGUAAAAAUUUGUAUAAUACUGUUAUAAAAAUAUUUAUAAUCCCAGAAAAUGUUGUGUUAAAUCUUGUGCAAAAACAGUAUAUUCAGAAUAAAAGUUUAUCAUUUAAAGUCA